AUGGAUAAUCGCACGGCAAAGCUCAUAUUGGACGAACAUCGUCCGGUCCAAACGGUGGACAACAAUGCAGCAGCAGCGGCGAAUAGAACCGGAGAAGCCACGGAAGAAACUGUUCAGUUGGUUAGCAAUUCAUUCGUUAUAGACAUUGUGGAACGCAUCAAUGAAUUGUAUCACUUUAAGAAUUUCAUUUUCUACAUUUCGGAGAGAUUGGACUUACAGAAUGAAAACUCACUCGAUUUCUUUCGUGAAUUUUGUAUACAUUUUCCGCUGGCACCGAAUUUAAUAUUCACACGGAACUAUCAUGCCUCAAUGCCCAUGGUAGAGCUAAUAAGUACACCCUCAUUGGUUAUGAUCUAUACAACGGAACGUGAUGAUCCCAUUAUGGAAUUAGCUGCCCAGAAAUUACGAGGAAUACGCUGGCUGAAAACCCUUUUCAUAUUGUUUCCAAAACUCAGCACAGCUGAGUUUUAUGUGGACUUUGAUGCCCUAACACAAUUCUCUAAGAAUAUUAACAAUACUUUUGAUUGGAUUUGGAGCAAACAAUUUCUAAAUACUGUACUGAUUACAUUACAGAACAAUGUCUAUCUAUUGGAACCAUAUCCCACACCAUCAAUAGUAAAUAAGACAGACUCCUGGAAGGCAGAUGAAUUUUUCUACAAAUAUAGUAGGGAUAUGAAGGAAUAUGUGCUAAAGACACCAAUACUCUAUGAUUUACCACGGGUAUUUAAGUCAGAUCGUCCAACAAACAGUUAUGAGGAUAAUUAUGUCCAUGGCACUAGCGGAAAUUUGUUCUUGGGAUUUCUUAAGUUCGUAAAUGCUCGCAUUCUGGACACAAGCGGAAAUAUGUCAAUGUCUUUGAAUUUACCAAAUCUAUUGGAAUUGGUAGCUCAUGGUGUGUAUGAGACAUUGAUACAUUCAUUCACGGACAUGGUUGGCAAUUAUUCGGUUAGCUAUAGCUAUCCCAUUGGCAUAAAUGACUGGUGUAUCAUGGUCCCAUAUCGCAAUCAAUCACCGGCUGAUGCUUAUAUACGUGAAGCAUUGGAAAAUAGCGCCUGGAUAUUACUAUUACUCUCGGUUCUUUAUAUAACCAUUGCCAUUUGGUGGUGUUCACCCAUACGUCCGCGGGAUUUUAGUGCUGCAUUUCUUCAGUCCAUAUGCACUGUGACCUAUAGUGCUCCUAUUUAUAUUAUCAAGACGCCGACACAUCGAAUACGCUAUCUGUAUAUUGUACUCUUUGCCAUGGGUCUCAUCUCGUCUAAUAUGUAUAUUUCAAAGAUGACCAGCUAUUUUACAUCGUCUCCACCACAACGACAAGUUAAUACGGUUCAGGACAUAAUGGAGGCAAAUUUAAGAAUAUUAGUUAUGACUUAUGAGAAUGAUCACAUUAGGAGUCUACGCAAUCAGUUUCCAGACGACUUUCUAAAACAACUUAAGGUAGUGGAUAAAGAUAUAUUGGAUCACUAUCGUGAUCCGCUGAAUAUCAGUUAUGGUUAUGCUGUGACUAGUGAUCGUUGGCGCUUUCUCGAUAUGCAGCAGAAACAUUUGCGAAAACCAAUUUUUCGUCUCACGGACAUUUGUUCGGGACCCUUCUAUCAUGUCUUUCCCGUGCAUCUUGACUCGCAUUUGCAAUCGCCGCUGCAGGGCUAUAUUAUGAUAGCCCAACAAGCUGGACUUAUGCAACACUGGAAACGGGAAGCAUUUUGGGAGGCCAUUCAUCUGGAUAAAAUCCACGUGGCCAUUGUUAGCGAAGAACCAAGACCCUUGGGCUUGAAUUUUUUUUCAAGCAUGAUUCACGUUUGGUGUUUGGGUUGUGUUUUGGCCGGUUUAGCAUUUGCAGCGGAAAUGAAAUGGUAUCAAUAUUUUAUUUUCAACCCGCAUGGGUGUCCUAUUCUAACAUCUUUAAGAAAAUUACACAAAAAGCUCAGCAAAUAA